AUGUCUUUCUCAAACACUUCCACCGGCGACAAGCCCGCAGACCCGUACAAGGCUGCUAACCAGGACACAGACGUGUCGUUGGAGCAGAAGGUCGAGGACCUCACCGCAUUCAUCACAGCAUGCAAGUUCGGCAUGAUGACGACUCGGGACUCGAGCAGCGGCCUGCUUGUCUCUCGAGCGAUGGCUCUCGCUGCAUCGGAAACUGGCGGUAUUGACCUUCUCUUCCACACAAACACCGAGUCAAAUAAGACGAACGAGCUGGAGACGGAUCCGCAUAUCAACAUUGCCUUCCUCAACAGCUCCGGUGACUGGGCUUCCAUUUCAGGGCAAGCCACCGUCGUCACAGAUCGGUCUCUCGUGAAGCAACACUACAGCCCGGCGCUCAAGGCAUGGCUGGGUGAUCUGGGCGAUGGAACCCAUGAUGGCAGCGAGAAUGACCCCAGAAUCGGCAUCAUUCGUGUAAAGACUGUCUCGGUGACAUAUGCUGUGGCAUCGAGCACAUUCGUCGGCAAGGUCGCACAGGUUGCGCAGGGCGUGGUGACUGGCAAACCAGCACAGGUGAACAAGCUGAGAGAAAUUUCCCAGGGAGAGGUCAACCAGUGGCGAGCGUCGCACUAA